GCCGGUGGCGGGAUUGUGUCCGCAUCUCUCUAAUAUUCGUGUUCCUGUCUCUAAAGCCGCCUGGCUCUACCCUCGCCACGGCCCAUUACGUCGACCCCGACUAUUCGGGCCGGGGCUUUGCGGUAACCAGCGGCUCGUACCCCCGGCCGCAUGGCGCGCCCGCCCCUCGCCCAGAGCCUCGGCACUCCAUGCCCUCAAAUGCCUGGUUUACGGUAUUGGCUCUGAUGAACGUCCGCUAGAUCAAAGCUAAAUGCGACGUUGCGGAACCAGCACACAGAUGCAAUCCCAACGACUUUCUUAGAAAGUUCAGCUCGUCACCGGAAUACUUUAACAAACUUUUACAGAUGGACUGUUGGAAGUUGCACCAUGGGCUGGAGCCCAGGCUGACCACUGCCCUGCAGAAGAGCCCAACGAUUUCUAGAUAUCUUCAUGGAGGAGACACUUGAGGACACUGACCUGGAGGAACUUGAUACAGGCAUCCAGCAGCUACAGACUGGAGUCAGCCAGCUCCAGGUGACAGGGCAAGCUCUGAAUUCGACUGCUGCGGAUGGCCGGCCGAACUCCAGGAGCUGGAAGUUCCAGUUUGACGGUGAUGUUCCUAAGGGGGGAAACCAUGCCUCAAUAGGGGCACACCCAGCUCACAGCUGCUUAACCUCCAGGCAAAGUGACUCCGACAGACCACAGCAGAGAGAUGGCACAGGAGAGGGACUGCAAACCUCCCCCAGGGAACUGAGCUGCAAGCCUGAAUUUAAACUGAGCUCUGCUAACUCUGAGCCUGAGGCACUUAAUCAUUUCGGAGAGUCGAAGGCCAAUCCCACAGGGAUUGAACAGUGUGGGAAUGGUGAAAGCUCAACUUCCAAACCCUUGCCGAAGAAGAAGAAGAAGAAUAGAACGGGCCGCAGUAAAGCCCCCAUGCGGCUCUUGAAAGAGCAGCAGGAACUAUGCCACCGUGCUACGGGAGGAGAGAGGAUCUCCAAGGGUUCAACAGAAGCACAACCUCUGUCUGUGGAAGAACAGCUCCGGAGAGAAGUGGACUGGUGCAUUGAACAGCUGGAACUAGGCCUGCGCUCCCAGAAAAGCAGCCAGAAACAAGUUGACGAAGCACUUUGUGCACUCAGAACCCUGCGUAGCGGGAAGGCUCCGCUGGUGAAGAAACGGCAGGCAAUGAGAUCCAUCUUUGGAGACUACAGAAGGAGGAUGGAGGAGGAGAGGCAGAAAGAGUUGAAGCUGAUGCGGGCAGCUACAAAAUCUGCCACCAUCAAACCUGUGGAAGAGCAAACAAGGAGCAAAGUUUUCAGGAAAACGGCAAAUAAAUUACUGAAGAUUGAAGCACCUGCUGCAGACAAUCCCAUGAAUCCUGAGCAGACCACAGUUGAUACAGAUCAGUCUCAAUUCCGGUUCAAUUUCUUCUAAGUCAUUGAAACAUGCGCGGUGAACUCCUUUUACCCAUCUGUUCACAGCCGAGGUUGAAUAAACAGUUUCUUAGUGUGAUCUUUCCGAGUUCAUUUCCUACACACUGUACUCUACCUUGGGAAAGAAGCACAGUGAGGCAUUGGUGAUGGAAGUGAUAACUCAUCCCCUUUAACACUGUUCUGGGACAUAGAACAAUUGAGCACAGGAACAGGCCCUUCAGCCCACACUGUUGUGCUGAACCAAUUAAAUUAGUAAUCAAAUAGCUAACUAAUCUGUCCACAAUGUUCAUUUCCUUCCGUUUAUGUGCCUAGUUAAACGUCUCUUAUACCUGCCUCUGUAUCACCACCCACCACUCUGUGUAUAAAAACUUGCCCCUCACAUCUUAUUUGAAAUCUACCUCCUCUCACCUUAAAUACCUGCCCUCUGGUACUAGACACUUCAACCGUGGGAAAACAUCUAUCUGUGCCUCUCGCAAUUGUAUAAAACCUCUAUCCCCUCAAGUCUCUGUCGCUCCAGAGAAAACAACCCAAGCUUGUCAGCCUCUUGUGAUAGCAGCAUCCUGGUGAACCUCUUCUCCACCCUCUCCAAAGCCUCAACAUCCUUCUUAUAAUAGGUGACCAGGACAGGUUAGACUCAAGUAAACUCUUACCCUAUAAAUCGUCUUGUUGGACAUUUCAUCCCCAAUUCAAGGACAACUUGGAGAAAGGUAUUUAGAUAAAUAAAUUUGAUCUGUUUAUUUUCCUUUCAGAUUAGUCAUCCAGCACGGAUUUAUUUUUUACACUUACACAGGCUCAGAAACGAUGUUAUCUUCAGUCACACUGGGCAGUGCUGUUCCAGCUUGUCAACCAGAGAGAGAACAUUAACGUGGACUUCUCUCCAGAGCCCUGACCCCCCCAAUUUACUUUUUUCACCCUUCCCAUUCUUAUAUCAGUCACAGUGGAAAAUAUUACAUCUUGUUGCAUAGUUUAAAAAUCUGAAUAAAUACUAUUCAUCUUGUUCCAUAAGACUGAUCUACACAGAGCCAUGGCCCCACUUUAUCCUGCACGUGUGCACACAUCAGCAACUCUGGGUCACUGGAUGCAUCUUUACCAUUCCCUGGGACUUCAGAACAAAGAUCCGUGUCAAAAGAAGCCUUACUGUGCGGGGGAGAGCAGGGACCCAUUGCCCUUACUGUGCGGGGGAGAGCAGGGGACCCAUUGCCCUUACUGUGCGGGGGAGAGCAGGGACCCAUUUCCCUUACUGUGUGGGGGAGAGCAGGGGACCCAUUGCCCUUACUGUGCGGGGGAGAGCAGGGACCCAUUGCCCUUACUGUGCGGGGGAGAGCAGGGACUCAUUUCCCUUACUGUGUGGGGGAGAGCAGGGGACCCAUU